AUGCUUUUGCCGUCUGUUGCAGCACACGUGCGGCAUGGGGAUGUGCGGCAUGGGGAUGUGCGGCAUGGGGAUGUGCGGCAUGGGGAUGUGCGGCAUGGGGAUGUGCCGCAUGGGGAUGUGCCGCAUGGGGAUGUGCCGCAUGGGGAUGUGUGGCAUGGGGAUGUGCCGCAUGGGGAUGUGCGGCAUGGGGAUGUGCGGCAUGGGGAUGUGCCGCAUGGGGAUGUGCCGCAUGGGGAUGUGCCGCAUGGCGCUGCCCUGCAGGCGGGUGGGAGCGAUGGGAGCUCUGAGUGGGCCACAGUGGCCGUGGCUGCCCUCGUGCUGCCAUGCCAUGUGGUUGACCUCAAUCAUGGGCUCCUGUUGUUUAUGCACCCCUCACAUGCUGCCAUGCACCCCUCACAUGCUGCCCUCACGCGCUUAUGGAGUGUGAGAGAAAGUCGCUCUGAGCAGGCCGCAGUGGCCGUGGCUGCCCUUGUGCUGCUGCCGAGCCAUGUGGUUUGUCUCAAGCAUGCGCUUUUGUCCUUCAUGCGCCCCUCACAAUGCUGCCAUAUGGCCAUGAUGCCAGGACUCCAUGCGGCUAUGCUGCUGUCAUUCCUACCAGCAUGCCAAACCCGCACCCUUGGCACCGUUCAAACAUCCUGCCCCAAUGUUCAUGCGUGUGCAGGUAGAGGCACCGUCUGCUGUGGCAAGGAGCAGGUGGAGGCGCCGUCUGCUGUGGCAAGGAGCAGGUGGAGGCGCCGUCUGCUGUGGCAAGGAGCAGGUGGAGGCGCCGUCUGCUGUGGCAAGGUGCCCGGGAUCACCAUGGUUGACAGGUGGAGGGCGCUGCAGUCAAUACAGCCUGGACAAGCAGACCACCAUAGCGUAGUGUGCCGGCAGAAACGUGACAACCACAAGCAAAGUUCUGUUGGUAUUAUUGAUAGGGCUGUCCACGCGGUCUUUUCACCCGCCGACGCCAGCAGCUCGUCGCUUUUCGCCAAGCGCGAGGGGCCGCUGCCGCCCGGGCGGAUCCUCAAACCGGGGCGGUGUUACCACCUCGUGCGAAAGGCAUCAGCAAAGGGCGGAAUCGCGAACGGAGACGAGUCCGCGCAUGUGGAUGAUGGGGGAACGGCGGGGCGGAAGCCUCCGCGGGAUUUGCGCAGGACACCUUCCGCCAACGAAAGGGACGAGCGCAAUUUAUCUCCGCCCUCCGCGCAUCCGCACUCCGCUGUUCCGCCACUGGCGCACGUGCCCGCGCGGUCCCCGCCGCGCGUCACUAUUUUCGCGAAGCCCCACCAUCGCGUCAAUCACAGCACCAGCGCGCUCCCCGACGUUUCCCCUGACGCCUCUCCGCCACACGCGCGCAUCUCCGCCGUCGCCGCUGCAGCGCCGUUUGCCACGGGCCUGCACCCCCCUGCUCACGCAGAUGGCGGAGCGAGUAAGCGGCGCGCGGGAGAGACAGGCGGGACGGCGCCGAACGGGAGGACGGGGGAGAGCCACGCGGGGGACGGACAGCGCGCGGGGCUGGCGGCUUCCUCCGGGCGGCUGAUGGUGCCCGCGCUGCGGCGGUCCCGGCGCGGCAUGCACCGCCCGUGCAAAUCCCUGAGCGGCAGUCCAGAUGAGAUCGGGGGCCUUGUGGCGGGGCUCGCGGCGGGGGACGCGUGGGGGGAAGACGAGGACGUGAGGAAGGCGGGGGACGGGCGAUGGCGCAGCGCGCAUGUGACUCCGCAGGGGAGCGCGCACGCGACGCCGUAUGGCAGCGCGCACGCGAGUCCCUUGCGCGGGGCGCUGCCCGCGUCAUGCAGCAAGGCGGCCGCGCCGCCCUGCGCCAGCGCGCUGAGGCCCAGGACCGCGGGCGGGGAGGUAGGGGGGCGGAAGGGCGCAGCGGCGCAGGCAGGCGAGGGGGCGGGGGCGGGGAGCAGCCCGCUGACGCGCAGCCAUGGGCGCAGGCAAUCGAGUGGGGAGGGCGUGGGGGGAGCGGCGGCGCUUGACGCGGUAGAGGCUCUCAUUGGCGCGCAGAGGGUGCUGGGCAUGGCGGAGGCGGACAGGGGGAGGAGCAGGGGGGAGGAGGAGGGGGGAGGGAUGCGGGACGAGGGGAAGGCGGGGGAUAAGGGCGAGCAGGGGUGGGCGGAAGCACUGGUGGAGCGGAUGAGGCAGCUGAGUCCGCUGAGGGGGAGGAGCCCCUUAAGGGGGAGAAGCCCCUUGAGGGGGAGGAGUCCGCAGAGAGGGCGGAGCCCCGUGGGGGGGAGGGCGGAGGGGCAGCGCAGCCCUGGCCUGGCACGGCCGCCCUGUGCUGUGCCCCGGGGGAGCAGUUUCAGCCCCCCGCGCAUGGCGGUUGACCAAGGAGAGCAUGCCCUGCAGCACCCUGAUCCCCGCCCCCGCAUGCUCCAACCCCCCAUGCUCCACCCCCCCACGCCCGUGCUCUUUCUCACCAGGCCCGCCCACUCGCCCCCUCCUUCCCACCGCUGUGCUGCCUCCGCUAUCCCCUCGCAGCACUCUCCCCCGCACGCUGCCGUCCCCUCUCACCGCUCUCCUCCUCACGGUGACUCGCAUGGGCGUUACCACGGGGCCUCCAUGAGCCCUCGUUCUGUGAGCCCUCGUUCUGUGAGCCCUCGUUCUGUGAGCCCUCGUUCUGUGAGCCCUCGUUGUGUGAGUGAUGAGGAAGGAAGGGGAGAGAUGGACACAGAGAUGUGGUGUGAUGGCGCGCCGUGGACGACAGCCUGGUGGGCCGCACCCGGGGCACGGCCGCACAGAGGGUCACACAGGGAGCACAGAGCACACCGGGUAGCAGCAGCAGCAGCAGCAGCAGGGGCAGCAGCGGCAGCAGCAGGGGGCACAGCAGUAGCAACAGACGAGGACAUGGAGUGGCAGGCGGCGGUGGCGGCGUUCAGGCAGAGGGUGGAGGUGCUGAACGGGGAGUGUCUGUUCAACUGGUCCACGGCUACAGCAGGCAAGGAGGAGAGGCGCGCUGUCAUGUGGAAGCCGGGCCUGCCCGAUGUGCAGGAGGCGAGCGAUGCCGGGUCGUUUGCGGCGCCCAUCACACGGCACAAGCGGACUCUAUCUGCUCAAAUUACCAGUUGGCUGAGUUAA